GUGGCCUACGUGCCACGCCAGUAAUCGUGCGCUAGCAGAAGAGACACGGCCACGGUUGAACCUCGUCGGAUUUCUUUCCGUUCGUAUGACAUAAGAGAAGAGGCACGUGCACGUAACGUGGUUGUUUCCCGCGAAAAACGGCGAGUACACUUCACGAAUUCCCGGUUAGUCGCGUGAUAUUUCAAAACAAGCGAACUCGCGUGUGCGCCCUCGUGCUUGUCGGCGGUACUGUGAAUCGCGCUAGAGGGAGAUAACCAGAAGAGAGAGGGAACACGAGGAUACCGUAUCCAGUGGGAAAAGAGAAACGGAGGGAUACGGUGAAAGAGAGACAGAAAGUGAAGACGAAUCGACGAAGAGAGGGAGCCGUCACGUAUUUACUCUUGCACGGUGGUACGGAGCUAACCUAAAAACCGAUUGCUCGCUCCCUUUCGUGCGUAUACCAUCGAUGGGCACGAUCCAGCCGCGCAUGCGCAGGAGAGAUUGUGUGUAAAUUGUGCGCGAAUUUCGAUUAUUGUGCUCGACGCAGGAAUACGGUAUCGAUCAAUCGCGCGGCAAACAGGAAAGACCGAUCGAACGUGUGUUGUGAAAAUAGUGUUUUCGUGAGAAAAUUUACCAGUGUUCUGAGUGAUAAUCGUUUUUUAUCGUGUUCGUGUUUUACGUUCCGACGCGUAUCGUGUCGAGCAAUUUCGAAGGAGGGAAAGUAGAACCGGGGAUAAAUCCAGUUGAAAGAAACGUCGCAGGAGAGUAAUAUUACAAAUAAUCAUACUGCGAAUUGUGCCGGGGCGAAUGUAUGACGGAUCAUGGUUUCUGCGUCCGGCCCUACAGGGAUCCUAGCGGGACGCCCUUCUGGUUCUCAGUGCCCUCAGGGUUCGCUAUCGUCGCAAAAUGGAAGUGCUUCGAAAAUUCAUAAUGAUAAAAAUGCCAAGAGCGCUGAGAGCGCGAAGCAACGACACGAAUCGGAUCUUUAUAUCAGGCCUAGCUGGACUGAUGCAGCGAUAGCGUUAGAUCAACUUGAAAAGGGCAAAGCGGAAGGUCAGAGGUCUGCGGUGUGGAUCAGGGCAAGGCUGCAGGAUCAGCUGAGUCAGCUGGGCUACUUCCUGCAGAGGCACGCGGGCAAGGUCCUGUUCCUUGCGAUCGUUGCUUUAGCCACGUUCUGCGUUGCUCUCAAGUCCGCUCAAAUUCACAGCAAGGUCGAACAGCUUUGGGUUCAAGAGGGCGGAAGGCUGCAAAAAGAGCUAACCUACGCCUCGGAAGCACUGGGUGAAGCGGCCGCCUCGACGCACCAACUCGUCAUCCAAACGCCAAGGCAUUCCGGGGCGAAUAUUUUGCACCCUGCCGCACUCAAGGAACAUUUAGCGAUCCUGAAGGCGGCGACGCAGGUCACCGUACACCUGUUCGACAUCACGUGGAAGCUGAAAGACAUGUGUUACGCGCUGAACAUACCCAACUUCGACAUGCACUACAUCGACCAGAUAUUCGACAGUAUCAUACCGUGCGCCAUCAUUACUCCGCUUGACUGUUUCUGGGAAGGCAGUAAACUCUUGGGUCCAGAAUAUCCUGUCCACAUACCUGGAACGCAAACGAACAAGCCGGUUCAAUGGACAAAUCUAAACCCAUUCGGUAUGUUGGACGAGAUGAAGAAGCUCCGGUUCAUGUUUCCCUUUAAAAUUCUGGAAGACUACAUGAAGAGAGCCGGGAUAACGAACGGCUACCAAAGUAAACCUUGUCUGGACCCAACGGACCCGGAGUGCCCGGAAACAGCGCCCAACAAAAAAUCCCAACAGGUCCCGGACAUAGGAGCCGAAUUAACGGGUGGCUGUUACGGUUUCGCUGCGAAAUAUAUGCACUGGCCGGAGGAGUUGCUGGUUGGCGGUGCCAAGCACAAUAAGACUGGUCACUUGACCCGUGCAGCUGCACUGCAGACCGUUGUGCAGCUGAUGGGAGAACGAGAGCUUUACGAUUUCUUCGCCGGCACCUACAAGGUGCAUCACAUCGACUGGUCCCAGGAGAAGGCGGCCCAAGUGCUCGAAACUUGGCAGAGGGCAUUCAGUAAUCAGGUGAAAAAACAUCUGGACGCGAACGGGUCGGCCCCGUACAAUUUGUACGCGUUCAGCACAACCACCAUGAACGACAUACUCGGAAAGUACAGCGAGGUGUCCGUCAUGAAAAUCGCCAAUGGUUGCACGCUGAUGUUGCUGUACGCCGGCAUAGUGCUCCUUCGAUGGAAGGACCCUGUGCGAUCGCAAGCUGGCGUAGGAAUAGCAGGUGUGAUGCUGAUGUGCGCCACGGUGGCAGCAGGUUUGGGGUUCUGCGCACUCCUGGGGAUCCCAUUUAACGCAGCUACCACCCAGAUCGUCCCGUUUCUGGCCUUGGGUCUAGGUGUACACGACAUGUUCCUAUUGACGCACACGUACGCCGAAUUGUCGGUGAACGAGGUGCCCAGCGGAGAGCAAACUGGAGUUGUCCUGAAAAGGACAGGUCUCUCCGUCCUCCUGGCAGGCCUCAGCAACGUCUCAGCGUUCUUCGCGGCUGCGAUCAUCCCGAUUCCUGCGCUGCGAGUCUUUUGCCUGCAGGCUGGGAUACUGUUGCUGUUCAAUCUAGCCGCAAUGCUGCUCGUCUUCCCAGCGAUGGUUAGUUUGGACUUGAGGCGACGUCGUUCGGGUCGUUCGGACAUAUUCUGCUGCUGCCUUCCGUCCAACACUGGGAGGAACAGGUACGCCAAUCGGAUGAACAACGGCACCGCGAAGCAAACGGUGACCAGGGCGAUUCCUCCGGAACGGCGCGAGACGUGCACGCAGAUCCUGACGUCACAGAACGCGCAGAAUGAGUCCUGGGUCGGUGGGAACAUCGAGGUGGACCUGGACAGACAGUGCAGCGAGGAGGAUACUCUGACGGGUUGCAGCCAGGACGACUGUCUGAGCUUCUCUUUGACUCAGCUUGCUGCGAGGCAUUACGCUCCCUUCGUCACCAAACCGGCGACCAAGGUCUUCGGGAUGAUGAUCCUGAUCGCCGUUCUGUCUGGCAGUGUCUGGCAAGCUAUAAAAGUGAACGACGGCCUAGAGCUGACUGAUCUGGUUCCGCAGAACUCCAACGAACACGCUUUCCUGGCAGCCCAGGCGAAGCAUUUUGGGUUCUAUAACAUGUACGCCGUUACGGGCCGGGAUUUCGAGUAUCCUAACAAUCAGAAGUUACUGUACGAGUACCACGAUGCUUUCAUGAGGAUAAAGAACGUGAUCAAGAAUGACAACGGAGGUCUUCCGGAGUUCUGGCUGAGCUUGUUCAGGGACUGGCUGAAGGGUCUGCAGAGCGCAUUCGACAAGGACUACAAUAGUGGUUGUAUCACGCAGGAGAGGUGGUACAAGAACGCCAGCGACGAGGCGAUUCUGGCCUAUAAACUGCUGGUACAGACUGGUCACGUCGACAAUCCCAUCGACAAAUCGCUGGUCACCCAAGUCCGACUGGUGGAUUCCGAAGGCAUCAUCAAUCCGCGUGCCUUUUACAAUUAUCUGAGCGCAUGGGUGUCGAACGACGUCUUAGCUUACGGUGCCUCACAGGCUAAUCUGAGGCCGGAGCCGAGGCAGUGGAUCUACACCAACGAUCAUGAGCUGAAGAUUCCAAAGAGUAUGCCGUUGACAUAUGCGCAGAUGCCGUUUUAUCUGCACAAGUUGACGGACACGCAAGAGAUCACCGAGCUGAUAGGCAGCGUAAGAAAGCUGUGCAGGAAGUUCGAGGAACGUGGACUACCAAAUUUUCCCUCCGGCAUACCGUUCCUAUUUUGGGAACAGUACAUGGAUCUGAGGAGCUGCCUGGGUAUCGCUUUGCUGGCUGCUCUGGCAGCCAGUGUCGCAGUCGUCGGGAUAUUGCUGUUGAAUCUGUGGGCUGCACUGUUGGUCGGGACUUGUUUGGCCGGGGUCGUUCUGCAGCUUCUCGGAAUUAUGGGCCUAUGUGACAUCAAAUUAAGCGCCGUUCCGGCCGUGCUGUUGGUUGUCAGCGUCGGAAUCGCUGUACAUUUCACGGUGCAUAUUUGUCUGAGUUUCGUUACGAGUAUCGGGAGCAGGGAUCGAAGGAUUCGUUUGGCUUUGGAACACAUGUUCGCGCCCGUAAUUCAUGGGGCACUUACGACGCUUCUGGCAAUCGCAAUGCUAGCCUUCUCGGAGUUCGAUUUCAUCGUUAGAUAUUUUUUCCUGGUACUCCUGUGCCUGAUCGGAAUUGGUUUGGUGAACGGACUGUUCUUCUUCCCCAUUUUGUUAUCGUUGAUUGGACCAUCUCCAGAAGUGAUACCCAACGAGCAUCCGGAUCGUAUUUCAACGCCAACUCCUCCUGCCUCACCGAUUGUUAGAAGAUCGAAGCCACCUGCGCCUCCGAGGAGAUCGUACAAAAUUGAUAAUGCUAGGUUACACGCUGAACCCUCGCUAACCACGAUCACAGAGGAACCCAAUUCCUGGCAUAGUACACAAGAAUCUUGCAUUAUAGUUCAGCCAGAGUUGAAGGUCGAAACAACGUCCACGUGUGGCAAUCAGAACUGUAGCGGAUCAGAUACAAGUGGGUCUAGUCGAAUGUCACCAGUGACGUCAACAUCUCAUAUCACUACUAAGGUCACUGCGACGGCUAAUAUCAAGGUUGAAGUUCACACGCCGUUAACCAUAGGUACAGUGGAUCGUAGCGAGAAAUGCAGGCACACGGGUUCCACUAGCCGAAGGAGCUCGCGCUGCAGUGCGAACGUUAAUGCUGGGGAGUCUUCCGGUUCUAGUUCGGAACCGGAUUCAGACUCUAACCCAAAUAAACAUUAACAAUAAGUACCGGGACGACCGGCAGCUACUGCUCAAGUACCAUGCAAAGCGGGAACAUACAGAAGGCUGACUAGGAUAGAUUUAUAGUCUCUCUACUCCUCUUUCCUUUAGUUAUGUAUACAGCCAUGUGCGAGUACCUAAAUUUUAUAUACUAGUGACACUAUUCGAGAUACGUUUACGGAAAAUUUCUUGUAUAUAUGUAUUUAACCUUGCUUUCAAAUUACAGCUAUGACGGUGUUUCAGUUAGUGUUCUUUGAAAUAAUUUUUUGUUAAUUAAUAAUUGUUAAUUCAGUGAAAAUGCAAUAUCAAAAGAACGAAUUGUACUGACACAUAUGCUGAAGUAGGUUUAUUAUAAAACAGGCGGUAGCAGUUUAGUUCUGUAGAGUCUCGCUAUAUGGCCGUAAUUGGGGAUGAAACAGAAAUUACGGAAAUGACUAUAGAUGUAAUUCUUGCCAUACAGCGAUUGUUAAAAUCCUAUCUAAAUUUCAGAAUUCCUCAUUCGAAAUUUGAAAAUUUCAAAUUUAACAAUUUCUGAAUUACAA